CAUCGAAUGUCAAAAGCCUUCGGGGUGAAAAAAAAAAUGGCCACGGCGAGUGAAGUGUGUUGUUGAAUUGACGAAAAGAGAAAGAAAUCACGUGAAAGAGUUCUUCGUCGCCGUCGGGGGUCGUGGAAAAUGAUCUAAGUCGAGCGAUUCUCAGUUCGUACGAAAUUAUAAAUAAAUAUAAACGUCCGCCGAGACGCAGACAAAGUGUGAGUAGAAACGAUUACAGUUUAAAGGGAGAUAGAAAAAGAGAGAGGCAAACGAAAAUACACAAAAAAAAGAAAAGAGAAUAACUAAAAAAAGAUAUAUAAUAUUUAUAUGAAGAGAAUGGAAAUGAAUUGCGAAGAGAUGUCGUCUUCGUCGUCGUCCGUCCAUUAGGUGAUUUGAGAAUUGUUAUUGGGAAACGUCGGGAUUCGCGUCGGUCGCGUUUUCGUCGAACUCCUCUUCGUCGUCGCCGCUGCCGCCGUUCUUGUUGUCGUCGUCGCCGCCGUUGUUGUUUUCGUCGUCGUCAUCUGAUCGUCUUCCUCUAGCGUCGCGCGCGUCCAGAGGUGAGACAAGAUCCGAACCGCCAUGGACGUACGUACGGAUGGAUGGAUCAACGCCCUCCUGCGUCCAUGCAAAUCAUCCGUUUUGUAUCCUCUUAUACCUGAGAUGAUGAUGGUGUUGUUGUUGUUGUCGUCGAUCGGUCGCGUCGUCGUCGUCGAUGCAGCAACGCGAUUUGGAAAACGUCGCGACUCGCCGCGCCGCGAUUUGUGUUUGUUUUGUUUGUGUUUCCUACGAACAUUUACAAAUUCUUCUCAAAAUUCAAUCCCCCUUUUAGAAUUAAGCGAGAAAGAUAGAGAGCGAGAGAGAGAGAACCGAAUAUUCGAUCAUGUUUAUGUCAUCCCUAUGAGAAUAGCAGUAAGCGAACAGCCAACAGACGGAGGAAGGCACCAAAACGCCGCAACGCAACAGGAGGAACCCCAGGACCAUACAUCGAAGAAGGAUGUCUUCGAGGAGACGGAGCCGCAGCCGGGACAGGUCCAAGACAUCGUCUAGUAACUCGAAGCUGAGGAUGGAUAGUAAACCGCAGUCGAUGAGGAUCACAGGUUAUCCUAGCUUGCCAGCUGGAAGGAGACGCGAGAUUGACAAUGUCAUGAAGAAGGCGAGGGCUUCCCCAAACUCUAACACGUAUUGGGACAAGAAGCUGCUCGAAGUGGAGGCAAAAGAUCCGAAUCGUUGGCGUCACAGCGGUUACAAGUCGAUGUAUUUGGACGGGUCGUCGUCGCCGUCGUCGGGGCGUCGCAGCCGAUCGCGUUCUCCGACCGGACGCCGUUCGCCGCCGGGGCGUCGUUCGCCCGCGGGCCGACGCUCGCCGCGGUCGCCACCUACCUCGUCGCGCCGUUCUCCGCUUGCCCGCCGCCCCUCGCCACGAUCGCCGCCCACGUCGUCGCGGCCCCAUCCGAGAAUGCCCAGGUCGCCGCCGCAUAUGCACAAGAGCGCGCAACGGCGGUCGCCAUCCGCGAGCAGCGUGAGCAGCUGUUCGGACGACUCGUGCUCCGUGUGCUCGCCGAAGAACAGAGGUGCAAGGUCAAGGUCUCGCUCUUUCUCGGUGUCGAGGACACGCGGGAAAGGCCACAGUAGCAAGGGUCAUGGUGGAGGCGGACACGGCGGUGGCGGCAAGAAGGUCGGCAGGGCACGUCCACCCUCGCCGACGCCGUCUCCUCCCACUCGUCGUAUUCCGCGCCCCAUGACGCCGCCUCCAACCAGACGCGGCGGAGGCGGAAGCAACCGUCCAUCGGCGUCCACCUCUUCGGACAAACCAACAGACCCAAGGAGACAACCGCCUCCGGUGAGACCGCGCAACCGAUGCGGUGAAAUCAUCGACGUCACGGGCGUCAAACCUCCACCACCUAAAGCAGCAAAGAAGUCGGACAAGGACAAAGACCAACCGGUUCUAUUGACGCGUAUCAAGAAAGAGCGUACGAAGAAACGCAACGGUUCACCGGGUGGAGACAGCUCGGGUUCCGAGGAUAGCUCCACCUCAUCGACUUCAGCAAUCGUUGCCACGACCCGCUUAACAUUGUCCGAACGCUUCGGAAAGAUGGCACAAUGGAGCGUGGAUCGUGAACGCAGAGACAUCGAAAAUAUGCGCAUCACGAAAACUGGUAGCGACCUGAAGGUGAUGAUAGAGGAGGACGACUUCCUCUACGGUUCGCCUCCGCGCAGAUACAGUAUAUCGCCGGUGCCUGCCGGUCACUUCCCGGAUGAACUCCUGGCAAGCAGCUCUUCACGGAUGGCUGGUUGGGACGAUGUUCGCGUCCGUUACCAGUACUACAAAGAUUUGGGAUACUUGCGCGAUCUGACGCUCGACGAUUACGUGAAAUGGGAGGAAUGGUGGUACAAGUACCAGGAUUGGUUGGCCAACGAGAGACACUACGAGCAUUGGCUGUCCACGCAGAACAGGAGGAGGCGCAAAAGACUUCCUGCUACGCAGAGGCUUAACUGAAACGAAAGGUAUUCCUACGGAAGGAGCAGAAGGAGAAGAAGAAGAAGAAGCAGCAGCAGAAACAAAUACACCGGCAAUAUUAACAAUACUAAACGCAUACGAAACAAUAAGAGACGAAGAAGAGAUAGAGACAAAUAGAAUCGGGCGAGAAUCUCAUCGGUUAAGAAUAAUUAUUUUUUUUUUUUGUUUUCAUGUAUCCUAUAUAUAAAUAUUAAUUAAUUAAUUAAUUUGAACGAUCCGUAAAUCAUGCAAUUGAACGAACGAACGAACCCCACAUUACAACAAUUAAUUCAUACGUUCGUUUGUUCUCAUAAACUACUACUGCUAGUUUUAGGUAAG